AGAGUCCGAGGCGGCGGCGGCGGCGGGCGGCGGCGGAGGAAGAAGAUGCCGGGCUUCGACUACAAGUUCCUGGAGAAGCCGAAGCGGCGGCUGCUGUGCCCGCUGUGCGCCAAGGCCAUGCGGGAGCCCGUGCGCGUCUCCACCUGCGGCCACCGCUUCUGCGACACCUGCCUGCAGGAGUUCCUCAGCGAAGGGGUCUUCAAGUGUCCCGAGGACCAGCUGCCCCUCGACUAUGCCAAGAUCUACCCAGACCCGGAACUGGAGGCCCAGGUGCUUGGCCUGACCAUCCGGUGCAUUCACAGCGAGGAGGGCUGUCGGUGGAGCGGGACAGUCCGGCACCUGCAGGCGCACCUUGGCACCUGCAGCUACAACGUGGUGCCCUGUCCGAACCGCUGUGGGGCUAAACUGAGCCGCCGGGACCUGCCGCCCCACCUGCAGCACGACUGCCCCCAGCGCCACCUCAAGUGUGAAUUCUGUGGUGCCGACUUCACCGGGGAGGCCUAUGAGAACCACCAGGGGGUCUGUCCCCAGGAGAGCGUCUACUGUGAGAACAAGUGCGGGGCGCGCAUGAUGCGUCGGCUGCUGUCCCAGCACAUGCUUGCGGAGUGCCCCAAGCGCACCCAGCCCUGCAGCUACUGUGCCAAGGAGUUCCUCUACGACACCAUCCAGAACCACGAGUACCAGUGCCCACGCUACCCUGUGCCUUGCCCCAAUCAGUGUGGGGUGCCCAGCAUUGCCCGGGAAGACCUCAGCGGGCACCUGAAGGAGAACUGCACGACCGCCCUGGCGCUCUGCCCCUUCAAGGAGGCUGGCUGCAAGCACCGGUGCCCCAAGCUGGCCAUGGGCCGCCACCUGGAUGAGAGCACCAAGCUGCACCUGGGCCUGAUGUGCGCCCAGGUGACUCGGCAGCGGCAGGAGCUGGCCGAGCUGCGCCGGGAGGUGGAGGAGCUGGCGCUGGGCAGCGAGGGGGUCCUGAUCUGGAAGAUCGCCGACUACACCCGCAAGCUGCAGGAGGCCAAGGGGCGCAGCAACUACGAGUCCUUCAGCCCCGCCUUCUACACCCACCGGUACGGCUACAAGCUCCAGGUCUCGGCCUUCCUGAACGGCAACGGGAGCGGGGAGGGCAGCCACCUCUCGGUCUACAUCCGGGUGCUCCCCGGCCAGUACGACAACCUCCUGGAGUGGCCCUUCUCCUUCCGGGUCACCUUCUCGCUGCUGGACCAGAGCGACCCCUCGCUCUCCAAGCCCCAGCACAUCACGGAGACCUUCCUCCCGGACCCCAACUGGAAGAACUUCCAGAAGCCCGGGGCGGGCCGCACCUCCCUGGACGAGAGCUUGCUGGGCUUCGGCUACCCCAAGUUCAUCUCCCACGAGGACAUCAAGAAGCGGAACUACGUGCGGGACAAUGCCGUCUUCAUCAAGGCCUCCGUGGAGAUCCCCCAGAAGAUCCUCUCCUGAGCCACGCGGCAAGCCCCCGCCCCCCUCGCAGGUCUAGCUGGACGGCGGGGGGACUCGGGCCCUCUGGGAAUUCCUCUUCCCACCCAAGCAGUGGCAGCCCUGCCAUGAGGCGAGGCAUUGGCCUCGGGCAGCGGGUUCUUGGAGCUCGGGCAGGGCGGCAAGAUGUCCCCGGCCGUGGCCAGCAGAGCGGCGCUUAGGGGCCGAUGCCCCCCCUUGCUGGCUGUGCCCUCCUGGCAAAGUUUGUGAGAAGCACCACGAGAGAAGAGGAGGCUGCUGGCACUUUCCCUCCGCCGUGCCCUCUCGAAGCGGGUUUGGACCGGGGGACCGAGGCAGCCUUUUGUCCCUUGGCAAGAUCUCAGGGCUGUCCCUGCAACAUGGUGCUACACAUCAGGGGAGAGGCCCAGCCUGGUGGGGGCCCCCGUCCCCAGGGCAGCCAGCCUGCCUGCCUCUGUGGCCCCCUUCCCAGGCAGGGAGUGGCGUGCCUGCGAGGCCUGAAGCCUGGGCUGUGCCUGCUCAGCAGAGGUGCAGGAUCCGGGCCCCAGGGCUGGGAAGGCUUGGUCUGCCUGGAGCCCUCCUGUUCCUCCGGUGAGAAGCCAGCAUUCCUGGCCUUGGGCCUGGGAGGUUUGCGGCGGGCAGACUCUGCUCUCAGGCCAGACGCCCCUCUUGCUGUGAUGCCAGCCGGGCUGGAAAAUCUUUGCCCCUUCCCCCCCGAAUGUUGAUCCCCUGCCCCAUCCCCCACGUAGAGCCAGUGCCUCCCCUUCGAGGCGGGCUCCUUCACCUCUCUUCCAGUGCCUACACCUGUCGGAAUCGGUCUCCCUCCCUGGCUGCCCUCCUGCAUGCCUCCCCGGUUCCCUGGGUUGACGUCCUGUUUUGAAGCGAGCGGGUGGAGUUCUUGCCGCCGCCGCCGCUCCUCCUCCAAAGAGCCAUAUCCUGUGCAGUCAGCCCCAGGGCGCUUGAGUGGGACUUGUGCUCCCCCAUUCUCUGCCCUGGGGGAAUCUUCCUGGUACUGCGUGACUGUUUUGCCGGCAGGGGUGUCGGGAGCAGUGGUGAGCUCUGCCCCCCUCCAUCCCACCCCAGGUGUGUGUGUGUGUGUGUGUGUGUGAUUUUUAAAACAACAAAAACAAUAAUAAUAAACAAUUUCUUGUAUUUAUUAACUGGGCUGGAUUCUUGGUGGGUUGGUAUCCUCUCUCUCUCUCCAUCUCCUUCCCUGCACAUCUCUUUAUCCAGCGUCCUCCCCCCUCUGCCGUCUGUCUGGUUCUGCACAAGGGAGCUGGCUUGGAGGGGUUGGGGACAGUGUCCCCUGGAAGAGAUGUUGUUGACUACAAAUCCCAGAAUCCCCAGCGGCAAUGGCUUUUUUUUUGCUUGGGGAUUAUGGGAGUUGUGGUCAAGAACCUCUGGGAAUCCCUCUUAGAGGGAACACUGGUUGGGGAGGUAGGAAGAAGGAAACCCACCCUAACCCCUGCACCCCUUUUUGGAAUAGGCCCCAAGCUGAUGCUUCCUCCUACCCCUGACCAGUUCUGGCUUGUUCCCUUGGGAGAAUGUCGUUCAAUGCAUCAGGAGCACCCAAGCAGCCAGGAAAAGGGCGGGCUGGGGGUUGGCUGGCUGGUGGCAUCAACUCCUUCUUUGUCACCGACUGCUCCGGUGCUUCUUUCUCUCUCUGGUGUGGAUGGUCCACAAGCUCCUCCUUGGAAUACGGAGACAACAAGGAAGCCCCCUUUGGGGAGUGGUCAUACCUCAGUCCCUGGGGUCUCCAGUUAAAGGAUCAGGCGGUGGGAAAGAUCUCUGCCUGAGCCCUGAGCUGCUGCCAGUCAGUGUAGGAAAACGCUGCUGCCAGUUAGAGUAGGAAACCCGAAGAAGGUGGCUGAACAGUCUAGCAGCUUCAUGAGCUGAGCUGGUUGGCAGCUUCUGCCUUGCUUCCUUGCAGGAUGGCCUUGCUUGCCUGUCCCUUGGCACAUUUGUCUGGCAGUUCAAAAAUAGCUUGUGAGAACUUCGAAGGCUGCAAUUUGCUUCUGGGGUCUGUGUGCUUUUUACCCCUGUGGCCGUCAUGGGUGGCAGUGCUUUUUGUGAGUGUCUUUGGUCUUGGAGUCCAGUCUUGACAUUUUGUUCCAGAGAUCUUUGGAGGGCGGCUGAAACCACUGCUAGAUUAUAGCGUGUGGUUUGGGUGUCGCUGGUCUGUGUUGUUCGGUUCACUUGGGUUCUCUCCUCCCUGGUGACUUGUGUGGGGACGGUUUUAGCUCUCUCUGCAGCGAUUUCAGGAACCUUGUUUUUGCAGAAUUUUAUUAUUUGUUUCACUUGUCAUAGGGGUGUUAAACCCUGGUAGAAAUGCUUGAGGGCAAAUGUAGAGAAAGGUGGAGGCAACCCAAGAAGUCUUCAUAUCAAAUGGUGCCUUUGGCUGCGAGGUAACUGAGUGUUCUCUGUUGGGUUAGUAGCUAGUCAAUAUUCUCUCAAGUGUGGCUGCUCCAUCGGACCUACCUUACAGGGUUGGUGUAAAGCUACGCAAAAUAAUACAUGUGAUGUGAUAUUUUCUGAAUGCUCUUGGAAAGUGCCACAUAAAUUUUGAGCAGAAUGGAAGAGCUGGUCUUGUGGUAGCAAGCAUGAAUGGUCUCCUCUGCUAAGCAGGGCCUGCCUUGGUUUGCAUUUGGAUGGGAGAGUGUACGUGAGCUCUGUAAGGUAUUCCCUUUAGAGAAUGGGGCCAUAGUUCAGUGGUAAGAGCAUCUGCUCUGCAUGCAGAAGAAGGUCCCAGGUUCAGUCCCAGGCAGCAUCUCCAGAUAGGGCUGGGGAAAACCCAGCCUUGGAAAACUGCUGCCAGUCAGUGCAGGCAGUACUGAGCUAGCUGGGCUCAAUCUCUGAUUCUGUUCAUAAGGCAGUGUCAUCAGGAGCAUCCCUAGCUCAGCUGUUGAGCCUCUGGUGUGCAUGCAAAAGGUCUCAGGUUUGGCCUCUGGCAGCAUUUCCAGGUAGGACUGGGAAAUACCUGUCUGAAACAGGUUGAAGAGCCGCUGCCAGUCAGUGUUGGCAAUACUGCGCUUGAUGGACCAAGGAUUCUAAUGAACAAAAGUUGGAAAAUUGUAAAUCCUACUUCAGGAAGUCCCGUGAACAGAGAAAUGAACACUUUGGGUCUUCUCGGAUCCUAGCAUUGGCGUAAGUGUGUCUUUGCUUACCUGAAGGCUUUCUCCUCCUACAUCCAUGUUAUUUGAGGAGAUUCUGCUGUCAUUUAAAUGUGUUUAUUCUUUGAGUCCCAACAGCGUGUGCAAGAGAGCCCCUUGCAUUUCACAGGCAGAAAGUGGAGCGGAUUGAUGAAGGCUUAAGAAGAGGCUCAGGUGGGAAGUUGGCCGUUUUUUGUGGGAAAGAAAAUAGUAGGAUUUCAGCACAGCUGAUCUUGAAUGUCCAUGACUGGUUGCUUUUGUCCCCAGGUAAGUUGUGUGUGUGUGUGUGUGUAUCUCCGCUUAUUAGUGCUAAACAAGGCUCUUAUCUUUGUACUUUGGACUGCUUUUGCAGUGCCCAGGCGGUGUCAAAGGUAGCCUAGCUUUGCUUUCCUUCCUGAGAGGAGGUGAUACCAUGCACUGGGCUCCUGCAUAGCGCAGAUGUUCAACCCCUGAGUCAUUCGGAGGCAGGCCUGGGGCGAUGACUCUUCCACGAGGGUGGAAGGAGCACUUUAUCUGCAUAUGAUGGGCAGCAGGUUGGGCUGGGCGCUGGCGCACUUUCUCCUUGGUUACCAGUUUGUUGCCUGGAUCACAGGUCAAACUGAUGCCUCACCUGGGUUGAGGUUACCCCCAGGCUGGCUGCUGCAUUUAAUAUCUUUUCUUUAAAAAAUGAAUUGUGUGGGCCCUGGUAAUCCAAGCAUGGCUGAAUCUGGUGGCCUAUAUUAAAAAAUACACACUCAAAAACAGGUGCCCCUUUUGCCUAAUUAUACUUCCUGGACCAAAAAAGGGGCCCAGAUGUCCCUUGAGGCAGGAACAGUUCCUUGCAGUAGAUUAGGCAUCUGGCAAGGACAAUCCAGAGACGGACCCUGUUUCAGCUUGUGAUGUGGAGCCCCUGAACAAGAGUUCUGUACAAACCAGCCUAGAUCAAAAUCCUGAAGAAUAUCCCCCCCACCCACCCCCAAGUGUGUUCUGCUAAAAUGCACUUUUCUUGUAACAUUGAUGGUGUGAUUUUCUUAUGCAACCCUUCUGUUCUACAUAACAAAAGCUAGCAGAGCUGUGCUGAAAACCGUAUCAUCCUUGCGGUUGGAGAAUUGUAGUCGCUCAAGAGAGAUGGGACUUUGAGAGCAGCUGGCCUGCCUCCCUCUCAAUUUUUUUCUGUCCUUCUAUCAUGGAUAGAAGUACAUCACUUGUUCUUGAAUGUCCCUCGACCUUGUUCUAGAGCCUUUAAGCUUUCCGAUCUUUUUCUGAUCUGGAUGUAAGGAGCAUUUCCUUCUCCCUGAUCAGUUUUUGCCCCGAGCUACAGAUAAAAGUGAACCUUUACUGUAUCUUAAAGUUGGACUUGUUAAAUUUCAGACAAGUUAAGGCCUUCUUCCAGGAAGCUCUUGGCAGUAUUUAAUGUUGAUUGGGGUUUUUAAAAACUGCUGAUUCUUGCAAGGUUAGGUUGUUUUAAUGUCACCUUUUUUAGUAGUGGCGUUUACAAGAUUUAUUUGAUGUUUUUCAUAAGAUGGUUUAGCUGAUGAGUGCUAAUUACGGAUGGAAAAUCAGGCUGUCUAUGAGGAGCCGAAUUCGGUCACGGUGGAUUUUAAGUCCCGUGAAUUGCACUGAAGAGGCUUGAAUGGUCUCUUCAUUAAAAGGGACUGGACUUUGGGAUUGUGCUUUGUAUAAAUAAACAGAAGCUAGUGUGGACCUUGGAGUCGGGGUGAGGGAGGGUUUGUGCAAAGAAUUUCUUUCUCGCCCCAAUACACACACACACACACCACACCACACCACCUUUGGUGCUUAGACUCAGGAACUGGGGCAAAAGCCUUAAUCGGUGGUGACCCACAUUUGGGCCCAGACAGGGGCUUAGAGAAGGAGAAGGGCUGCUAAUUCCGUCAUUGCCUGAAGCAGCGACUUCCGCCCCACCCCACAGCAUGGGGAGGAACAGCUCUUUGGAAAACAUGCUCAGGCAUUCAAGUGGCAAAGGGGCGUGUGUGUGUGUGCAUGCAUGUAAAAUCUGCGACAGGCUUGAUCCAUGGGUUUAUUCCUAGCAAGGCAAGCACUGUGAUUCCUCUGACAUGUGCGGAAGAAUUUCUUUCAAAAUAUAUCCCCUCCCACCCCAAAUGGGUGGCCUAGAAAUGAGACACACAUUUGAUCUAAAGAUAAUGCCAAGUGGUGUGGUGGGUUUCCACUCCCCUCUUUACUGGGCCAGGCAAAAGGUCCAAACACAAACACCCAGCAAAUGGGUGUUUGUGGCAUAGUGGCAGAUCACGCAGCAGGUCCCCGGCUCAAUCCCUGGCAGUGUGGGACCUUUAUUUACUCUAAGUCCUUUUAGCACUGCACCACCACCAACAAGGUAGCCCCAGGAAACGGACGCAGACACCAGCUGGUUUUACUCAAUCAAGGAUCCACGUUUAUUUUAGUCAGUUAAACAGCAAGCUAGCUUCUAAUUCUUACACAUACACACACACACACAUACUCAGCUAGCCCCACUCCAAAGGUGAUCAGUCUGAAAGGGGUGUUGGAAGAAGCGUAGAGGCCUCACUUUGGAUGUUAGUGCUUCUCAGGGGUCUUCUGGUUUCCUGCCUGACUUAUAAAGGGAAGUUUCCACUCUGGUUGAUACAUCUUUAGUCCACUUUCAUCUCUGUGAUCACAAGAUGUACCCAUCCUGUUUCUUCCAGUUCUUUCUCCUUUACAAUAUAUCUCGGCAGUCCUCCCUGGGUCUCACCGAUUCUUCAGGCCCUUGGCAUCUUUCCAAACAUUGUCUGUGUUAGAGAGGGAGUGGGGGCUAGGGGCCCUCUUGAUGCUACUCACUCAUGCGUUCCUCCAUACAUACCGUUCGUAAGCACUACCUAAGCAUUCCAUUUGUCAAGAUCACAUGGCUCAUUGGGUUACAGAAGUGAGCUAGUACAGAUUGAUACAUUGUUUCUUAUCUCUAGAUUAUUAAGAGCUUGCGGUUCAGCCUGUUAUUACAAUAUUGAACAUUAAUAUUUUGUUUCUUGUUUCUACAUUUUAUAACUUGCAAGUUAACCAAGUACUUUAUGCAUCACUACUAUCAUAAAGCUAGCAUAAUUCUACAGCAGCAUCUCCUGGGAGGAAAGGCUCCUGCCUGAAACCUUGGUGAGCUGCUGCCAGUCCGUGCAGGCGGUCCCAAGCUAGGUGGACUCCAUAGACGGCAGCUUCAGAUGCUCAGUGUUUUUCAUACUUUGGCAGGUGUUCUCAAGCAUAUGCUUUUCCCCUCUCUCUCCCCCUUUUCUCCAGGGAGAGAAAGCUAGUUUGAUGGGGUGUGGGUGUGGGGCGUGGAAUGGAUAAAUAUCCUCCCGCUCCCCGGAGCCACCAGCUGGAAGAGCCACCCACCCCCGCCCUGGACACUGCCUCUUGGGCUGUGGCCUGCCUCUCCAAAUUCACAGCGAGCAGCUGUGCAGGCUGGAAAUCUUGGCACCUCAUUAGCUUGAUCUGUAAUUAAGGUGCACUUUGCUUAUUAUGGCGGGCUCUAAUACACAGCAGAUGGAAAUUAGCAAGCAGGAAGGAAUUGGGUGUGUGUGUGUGUGUGUGUAGGGUGGCCUUGCUCUUUCGACGGAGGCUGGUGCAAUUUUGGCCUUGAUUGACGGGGCCGGUGCGGAAGAGAGGGUGGCGUGAGACACCAAGGCAGCAACCAGCCUUGCCCACCCCACUUGGGAGACUAGGCUCCGGUGUCUAAGGUGUGCAGAAGAGCAGCUCUUACCACGGCUAUGUCUUCUCCUCAGUUGCAUCUGGCCGCUUACUCCCUGCCAGUCUGUCGGAGCGCCUAGACUUUGCUUCCCGGUAAUCUCCUCCCAAUGGCAUUAGAGCUAUCCCGGCUUAGACAGGAGGAACCUCCAUCUCAGGUUGGAGGGGUGCGGCCGUCCCCAUGGGCCAGAUGCAACAAAUGGCCUUCGUCCCGGGAUAAGGGGUAGUCCUCCGGAGGACUCUGGGUUGAGGGCCAAUUGUCCCGGCUGAGGGUUACUCCUUAUCUUGGCGGAGGGGGGGGGGCGGCAACCACUUUGUCCCCACCUGGGAUCUGGCCACUCCAGCCUCUGACGUGUCUUGGGCACGUGGCUUCCUCUCUUGCUAGCCAUGCCGAGGAGGGAGAUCUUUUCGUGUGGCAGGUCUCUGAGCUGUGUGCGCCAGUCCUGGGGUAAUAGUGUCUGCACAGGGGAGCCACAUUGGCCCACAGGGUGCUAACCGGAAGAGAAACGAGGAACCCCCCUGGGAAUGAUGGCACAUAGGCCCAGUGGGUAAUCACGGCAUGCUCUCCGCAGCAGCAUCGGGCAGAACAAAGUGUAGGCAUGGUGCUUUUUCAUUCAGCAGAGGCUCAUGGGAAGGCCCACGUACACUGUAGCUCGAUGGGAUGGACCAAGGGCAAAGUUCGGCUUUCUGGGAAUCAUUUUAAAAUGAUGGAAAUGUCUUUAAAAAUUUCAUUUUUAAAAGCAGGUGUCUGGCACUUCUGGUCGCAAAAAUGAACUUGAGAUUGGCACUACAGAGCAUCUCCAGGUAGGGCUAAGAGACACCCCUGCCUGUAACCUUGGAGAUGUCACUGCCAGUCAGUGUAGACAACCCUGAGCUAGUUGGACCAAUGGUCUGACUCCGUAUAGGACAGCUUCCUAUGGGGUGAGGCCAUCGCGCUGUGGCUGAGCAUCUGCUUUGCAUGCAGAAGGUCCCGGGUUCAGUCCCUGGCAGCAUCUCCAGGCAAGACUCCUGCCUCAAUUCCUGAAGAGCAGCUGCCAGUCAGGGUAGACAGCACUGAGCUGGGUGGACCAACAGUCUGACUCAGUAGACAGCAGCUGCCUAAGGGAUGGGGCCUUUUGCUCAGUGGUCGAGCAUCUCCUCUGCAAGUCUUGGGUUCAGACCUUGGCAUCUCUGGGCAGGGCAAGGCUCCUGCCUGAAACCGUGGAGAGCUGCUGCCAAGUCAGGGUAGGCAGUGCUGAGCUGGAGGGACUCUUGGUAUCCGGCUGCUCCUGGCAGGGAGAUUUAACUCUGCGGUGUGAGUUACUGUAGCCCAUUGUGCUGGGCCAUGUGCCCACCCAGGCCCUAAAACCUGCUUAGCAUCAUCCAAUUAGAGGCCUAUUUUUAGAGGCCGCCCUUGCAGAAGAGAAACUGCAAAGGGGGGGGGGGGCAUUCUCCGGCUAGUCCUUGGGUCCCUCUGCGAACGACUUCAAGCCUUGCUGGAGUGGAUGUUGCCCACCCGGCAGCACCCGAGUUUCUGUCCAGGUGGGCCAGGCUCAGAAAAGGAGAGGGCCGGGCGGCUGCCCCAUUUGUCCCCACCCCAGAUUACGGCCCUGCUCUGCAGCCAAAUAGAGCAAACCAUACAAUUAAGCUCUAAGUGAUUGUGACUCCAGCAGGGGGUGGGAAGUAACACUGGCUUGUUGCACGCACAAGUCGGGUUCUCUCCCCCAAUAACCACCUUAGCCAAACUGCCCUGGUUGCCUCUGCAGUUGGAGGCGGAAAUGUCCUUCGCCUCCUGGCACUUGAACCCUCCUCUCUUGGGACAUUUCAGUGGGGGUUCCUGAGCCCCACUGAAAACCCCUUGCAUAAGAUCACAGGCUACUCGCACAUAAUCCUCAGCCUCACACGUCUGACUGGUAGCUUUCAACUGCCUGGCUAGUGUCGUUUCAGCAACUUUCCACAGAGAAACAGAAGUUAUUUCUGAGUUGGCGCUUAUGCUGGAGGGGCGAGUUGUGUGGUCGUGGCCGUCUUUGGAGAGGUACGUGUUUAGCAAGUUCUUUUCUCCCAGUUUCCCAGAGAAGAAGAAAAUCAUCAUGGUUGAUGUCACCAUCCCUUUUGAAAACCGGAAAGCAGCCAUGAUGGAGGCCAGAGAGAAGAAGCACCAGAAGUAUGCCCCACUCGCACAGGCACUCAGGGAGCGAGGCUAUGAGGUCUCUGUCCACGCCCUGCUGGUCGGGGCCCUGGGGGGCUGGGACCCCACCAUCGAGCCAGUUCUGAGAGCCUGUGGUGUGGGCAAGCGCUACGCCAAGCUCAUGUGGAAACUGAUGGUGUCUGACGCCAUUGGGUGGUCCCGAGACAUCUACAUAGAACACAUCUCGGGACACUGCCAGUACCAGGAGCCAGCUCGCCCCCCCUAACGUCCCGGGGUGUGUGUGUGCCGGACCAGCCCGCUCCUCUAACCCAAGAGGGGAGGGGCCACUGAGCGCUCAAAGGAACGGCUUGCCCUCCUAAACCCAGAGGAGGGGAGCCACCCACACGGCUUGUCCCGCUACACCCACAGGGGGCAAGCCACCACACACUCCACCCUACCUUGGUAGAGGAGUUCCACCAGAGCUGCGGCCAAGCCCAGCGAGGUUUCUUUUUUCCCCUGCAGAAGGAUGCCAGACCCCCUGGAAACCCCCAGAGGACACCCCGGGCGAUGUGCCACCUCCCACCCACAAGUUGAGACCGGGUUCCCCCGCUUUCCUGGCUUGGACUCUAUCCUGGACCCUGUCCAGAUUGACAUACGCGUGGAACCGAAGGAGGACUUGCAUACAUUGCCGAUGCCUUGCAGCUUGCGACUAACUCAGAUGGACACCUAUUUUCUUAUGGCUGUCUUGACCUGCAUGUACAUAUGUAUGUAACCUCCCGCCUCGGGAACGUGAUCUAUAACAUAUCUAAAUGCUAAACAAACCAUGCCAGCACAGUGGCUGACCACGCCAGGACCUCCUGCUGACAACACCCCUGGAGGACCCCCUGGACCUGGAGAAGACCCUCCGCCGUCAAGGACCCACGCCCAGAGGCUGCAAUUGGCAGAAGACGACUGGCACGGCCCUGCUGGCCACACGCAAGGUGAGGCUGGGAUCUGUCUCUCCCUUGGACCUUUCAGACAUUCCUCUCACUUAACUCUUUUAACUGCACUCUACCCAAACCUGUAGGAACUUGCGUACAAUGCUAUAUUCUCUCUACCAUUGCAACCACACAUUCUUUAGUAUGCGGCCGUGUUUUAUCGGGAAAUUCUAUUCACUGUUGCUUUUGUAAACCAUAUGUUAAACAUUCUCUAAUAAAGUCAAUCAGUUCUUUUCUCCCAAA